UCCGGCGUUGUCUUUUGUUUUGGCAUAUUUAACGCUGACUUGUUGCUAGCUUGUUGCUGUUUUGCGGCAGAUUGUCGGUGGCAGAUCGAAGUGGACUGCUCUACUACACAGACCUGUCAGUGUUUUUCUUCAUAAAAGUGUUUUUAUUCCUUAUGUUUCCCCGCCGUGUGUUUCCAAAAUGGCGGUCGUUCCAGCUCCUCACGGUUUGAGUCCAAAGACUUAAAACUGAUCAAUAAAACCAGAGUCCAGACCUGCUCCGACCCAGUCCCGGUCCUGGCUCAGGAGGUGUCCAGCUGGAGGAGGCUCAUGGAGAGCGCCUGUCGGGUCCCGGUGGCCUGCUGCCGGCCCCGGGUCCUGGUCCUUCAUGCUCUGUUCUGGGGUCUGGUGUCUCUCAGAGUGUUUGGAGCCGCCCUGCUUAGUGAAGAAAAGCCGUCAGCGGUGCGGCCUGUCGUCGCCCCCUGCUGGAUUCUAGAGGAGUUUGUGGUGAUGACGGAGUGUGCGCAGUGUAACGCCUUCCAAACGAAGUCAUGGUUGGUGUGUGGUCAGACCGGGUACGUGGAGAGGGUGAACUGCACCAAAUCCAACAAAGAGGAGGUCAAAAGCUGCCGCUCCGCUGUGAUGGAAGAACACCUCUUCUGGAAGUUUGAGGCAGCCAUGUUGGCUCUGACGGCAGUCUUCGCAGUCCUCGUGGUGAUCCGGCAGCGCUGGUUGGACCGGCUCGCCUCAGAGAAGGUCCGCCGCCAGAUUGAGUCCAUCUGAGACCAGAACCUUCAGUGUUUUAUCAUGUGAUCCUGAUUCACCAGGAUCACUGGGACCCUUUUUUAAACCUUUAUUUAAAUGAAAACUGUGACGACAGUGAACGAACUGAACAAGGAGCCAGUGGUAUUUAGAUUCACUCUCAACAUGAUGCAUUAUCUUGUAAAAACUAAACGGGCUCUGACUGGUCAACGAGAGACUGACAACAAAGACACAACUGUACGAGUUUCAAUCGUCAGAGGGCCUUUGAAUGCAGCAGGAUGAGACUUUUAUUUUGUCUGUAAAAUGUUUAUUUUUUGGUUUUCAAAAUAAAAGAAAUGAAAAUCUUAA